GGUCCGUGUUGAGCUGUGGCAGCAAGAGCAUGCUCAGGACUUCCUAGUGAGCGGGCAGCCCUUUAUGGAGCACAUGGCUGAGCAAUGGCGCCUCCAUCAUCUGGAGAAGGAGAAGGAAAAGCAGGAACGGCAACUCAAAAAGUCCCGACAGAUGGAAGAGGAGAUGCUCUAUGGCAGCACCCCCACCAAGAGACGGGCUUUGGGCAUCACUACACCUGGCAAAGCACGGAAGCUCAACGUUACCAUCACAACUCCCAACAGCACCAUCCGCUCAGCCCUGAGAGGUUCGGUGUUAAACUCCCCCAGAUGCCACCCACCCCUGUCUGCAAGCAAGCUUGUCCGGACCCCCAUCCGUGUGGUUGCCAAGACCCCUUCCAAAGGCCAGAUGGAGUGCAACAAGGAGAACGUGUCUCAGCUCAACAGAACACCUCUGAGCGAAGAACUAAAACUCCUAGGAAACAUGCAUUUAAAAAAGCAUCUAACAAUAGUUUGAAGGAUCCUGUUGGGGUGUACUGCCGGGUCCGCCCAGUUGGUAUACCAAACCAAGAGUGUUGCAUAGAAGUGAUCAGCAGCACAACAGUCCAGGUUCACUCACCUGAUGGGUACCGUAUUGCCCGUAAUGGAGAAUAUAAAGAGGUUCAGUAUUCAUUUAAAGAAGUGUUUGGCACAAGCAUUUCUCAGAAACAUGUAUUUGAUGUGGUUGCUAAGCCUCUAGUGGAAGAUCUUAUCCGUGGAAAAAAUGGCCUCCUUUUUACAUAUGGAGUCACAGGGAGUGGAAAAACGCACACUAUGACAGGAUCUCCUGGUGAGGGAGGUCUGCUUCCUCGUAGCUUGGACAUGAUCUUCAACAGCAUAGCACCUUUUCAGGCCAAGCGCUAUGUCUUCAAACUUGAUGAUAAGAAUGGAAUUGAGGUCCAAUGUGAAGUGGAUGCUUUACUUGAACGCCAGAAAAGAGAAGCACUCCCAGUUCCCAAGACACCGGUGGGCAAGCGACAAGUAGACCCUGAAAUUGCUGACAUGAUAAAUGUGCAAGAUAAUUGUAAACUGGAAGAUGUUGAUGAAGACAGUGUCUACAGUGUGUUUGUGUCUUACAUUGAAAUAUAUAACAACUACAUUUAUGAUCUUUUGGAUGAAUCCCCACUUGAUCCCACAAAACCAAAGUGGAACAACUGUGGCACUCCACUGCGGAAUGCUGACUUCACGUUUCCUCAAUCCAAAAUUCUCCGUGAGGAUCAAAAUCACAACAUGUAUGUUGCAGGUUGCACUGAGGUAGAAGUUAAAUCUACAGAAGAAGCCUUUGAAGUGUUUUGGAGAGGCCAAAAGAAGAGGCGCAUUGCACACACUCAACUGAAUCGAGAGUCCAGUCGUUCACACAGUGUAUUUCUAAUUAAACUGGCUCAGGCUCCUCUCAAUGCAGAUGGAGAUAAUGUUCUGCAGGAGAAAGAGUUAAUAUCCUUGAGCCAGUUAUCGCUGGUUGACCUAGCAGGGAGUGAGAGAACAAACAGAACCAAAGCCGAAGGAAACAGACUCCGUGAAGCUGGUAAUAUCAAUCAAUCACUGAUGACAUUACGAACCUGCAUAGAAGCUUUGCGAGAGAACCAAACUUAUGGAACCAAUAAGAUGGUCCCUUAUCGAGACUCCAAAUUGACCCAUCUUUUUAAGAAUUAUUUUGAUGGUGAGGGUAAAGUGCGUAUGAUCGUCUGUGUGAAUCCAAAGGCAGAAGACUAUGAUGAGAGUUUGCAAGUUAUGAGAUUUGCAGAAAUCACCCAAGAAGUGGAGGUUGCACGACCUGCUGACAAACCUCUGUGUGGACUAACUCCUGGUCGGCGAUUUAAGAACCAGGUUUUCAGAGAGGAGCUCUCCCGACAGCUGGAAAUCCGAGGUGGACCUGUUGAUGGAGACAGAGGCCCCUUGGUCAGAGAAUUGCUCCUGCAGAGUUUCCCUCCAGUGCCUUCCUGUGAACUUUUGGACAUCAAUGAUGACCAGACCCUGCCUCGGCUGAUUGAAGUGCUUGAAAAGCGGCACCACAUUCGGCAGAAGCUGUCAGAAGAGUUUAGCAAAAAUGUUCUAUGUGUAAAGAACAUGUUGCAGGAACUUGAUGCCAGCAUUGUAUCCAAGGAGAACUUUGCACAUGUGAAAAUGGCUGAAAGAGAAAAAAUUAUAACAGGACAGAAAACUGAGAUAGAGCGACUAGAGAAGAAAGCAAAAACUCUGGAAUAUAAGAUUGACAUCCUGGAGAAAACAACAGCAAUUUAUGAAGAAGAGAAGCGCAACCUGCAGCAGGAACUAGAAAGCAAGAGUCAAAAGCUGCAGCGUCAAGUUUCAGACAAGCGUCGACUAGAAGCUCGUUUACAGGGCAUGGUGACAGAGACAACAAUGAAAUGGGAAAAGGAAUGUGAGCGGCGUGUGGCAGCCAAGCAACUGGAGAUGCAGAAUAAACUUUGGGUGAAAGAUGAGAAACUAAAGCAGCUGAAAGCCAUUGUCACAGAGCCUAAGAGUAACAAACCUGAGAGGCCUUCCCGGGAAAAAGAUCGGGAGAAAGCUCUACAAAGAUCAUUGUCUCCUCCCCCAGUACUUUUUUCUAGUAACUGUAUCCCUCACCUGCCUAACAACCAUGAUCUCCCUGCCAGAAGCCAGCCACAGCUGCAUAGGCGUUCAAAUUCUUGUAGCAGCAUUUCCGUGGCUUCCUGCAUCUCGGAAUGGGAGCAGAGAACACCUACUCAGCACAGCAAGCCUCCUGACAAGGGUGACAAUGGCCUCCCUAGAGCCAGGAGUAGACUACAGGAGCCAGAACAAGCCAGGCCCUGGGUCAUGUCAGAGAGAAGGCGGGGCAUGUGCUGGACAGGACUUCUGGCAGCUUCCAGCACUAGAGAGCCCCUAGAGCUAGAAGAGGACUUGUGCUGCAGGAAUGCUCCUCCUGUCCGCCUUCGCCACAGACGGUCUCGCUCAGCAGGAGAGAGGUGGGUGGAUCAUAAACCACCUUCUAAUAUCCAGACUGAAACAGUCAUGCAGCCACAGGUCCCCCAUGCCAUCAUGGUGACCUCUGCAAACGAGAAGGCCCUGGCCAAGUGUGACAAGUACAUGCUGACCCACCAGGAGCUGGCCUCGGAUGGGGAGAUUGAGACCAAACUGAUCAAGGGCGAUGUUUUCAAGACCAGAGGAGGUGGACAGGCUGUUCAGUUCACUGAAAUAGAGACCUUGAAACAAGAGUCACCAACAGGACGCAAGCGGCGGUCGUCUCCCUCAAGCCCUCGCCUCCCCGAGGAGGCUUCGGAGUCAGAAUGGACUGAUGUAGAAACACGGUGUUCAGUCGCAGUGGAGAUGAAAGCAGGUUCCCACCUUGGGCCUGGCUAUCAACAUCAUGCUCAGCCCAAGUAA